UGAUUGUGAACGAUAAAUCAACAGAAUUUAUGUUGGCCACGGUCGUGGAAGAAGCUGGAAACGUGAUGGCCCAGAUAACGACAACGCAGAUUCCCUCCGAUCCGAACGGCAAUCACGACUCGGGCUACGCGCCCUCCAGCAUAGGUGACGUGCUGGCAGCGAAUGCGACCCCACCCGGCAGUCCGAACGUGGCCGCCACCGUCAUUGUAAAUAAAAACGCUACGCUUAGCAGUAGGAACGGUUCGCCGCGGAAGGAAGCGAGUGUGACGCUGAAACCGCUGUCGUUAGUGCGGUGCGGAGUGCAACAGGCCUUAUCACUCAAUCGGAACGAUUCCACGCUAUCAACGAACUCCAAUUCGAGGGAAAGCACCCGGAAGGAUAAGAAGAGCAUCCAGCAGCCCUCCAGAUUUACGAUCUACAAGGUGAACAAAGCGUCCAAGAAGAAGCGGGAGAAGUCUUCGGCGAAGAAGGAACGCAAAGCUACCAAAACGUUAGCGAUAGUGUUAGGCGUAUUUCUCAUCUGCUGGGUGCCGUUCUUCACGUGCAACAUCAUGGACGCGAUGUGCACCAAGCUGGACAUGGCCUGCCAGCCGGGCGUGACGGCCUUCAUCCUGACGACCUGGCUCGGCUACAUGAACAGCUUCGUCAAUCCGGUCAUCUACACGAUCUUCAACCCGGAGUUUCGGAAGGCGUUCAAAAAAAUUAUGAACAUCGAGUGAGUGCGGCGCAUCGUGCCGGGCGGCAGCGGUGGUGGUUUAGGUGCACGGGGAGCUAAAAUAGGAGAAGGGAAGAAAG